ACUGCAGGGAGAUAGCAGAGAGACGCACUGACUCUAUGAGCACAAAUGGAUGAAAGGAGUUUAAUGCAAUGGAGACACUGAACCGCGGUGCAGAGAUUGGUACCCUGUAAACUCUGGAAGAAGGGAAGGGAUGCGUGUAUGUGGCGAGGGGGAAUGAAGAGUAGGAUAAAGAGUUUUGAUGAAGAGUUGAGAUUAUUUCCAGAAAUGGCACGGAUUUGCUCUCAUGCUAAUGCGCAUUUUGCAAAGAUGAGAUAGCACUUGAGAAAAUGGGAUUCCUCCAGGAACAGAACUCACUCACGACCUGAAUGAAAAGAGAAAAGGGGAUUCUAUUCAAAUCGGAAUUUAGUUUUGUUUUUUGUUUUUCCGUUUUUUUACUUGACAAGCCUCGGUUGUGAGUGAACGCAGAGUGAAAUAUGAAUCUGGGCAAAGCACUUCUGUUUUUCCUCCUCUCAAAUUGUGUGACAAUGAUUCUGUCGCUAUCCACUUGCACCACUGUGGACAUUGACCACAUUAAGAAAAAGAGAGUAGAGGCGGUUCGGGGACAGAUCCUCAGUAAACUCCGACUGACCAGUCCUCCUCAAACAACAGGUCCGAGUCAAGUACCGUUUCAGGUUCUGGCCCUUUACAACAGCACCAAGGAGCUCAUUGAGGAGCUGGGAAGAGACAGGCAGCAGAGUUGUGGUCAGGAUAACACGGAGACUGAGUACUAUGCCAAAGAGAUUUACAAGUUCAACAUGAUCAAUGGUCCACCAGAAAACAAUGACCUCCCUUACUGCCCUAGGGGUAUCACCUCCAAGGUAUUCCGCUUCAAUGUCUCAACCAUGGAGAAGAACUCCACCAACUUGUUUCGGGCCGAGUUUCGAGCUCUGCGGAUCCCCAACCCUGGCGCCAAGAAAAACGAGCAGAGGAUUGAGCUCUACCAGAUCCUCCAGAAAGACGACCCCAAAGCCAAACAGCGCUACAUUGGGGGCAAGAACGUCCUGACCAAGGGAAUGCCUGAGUGGGUCUCUUUUGAUGUUACAGACACAGUGAGGGAGUGGCUGAUGUACCGACAGACCAAUCUUGGCCUGGAGAUCAGUGUGCAUUGUCCCUGCCACACUUUCAGGCCUAACGGUGACAUUAUCGAGAAUGCCAAUGAGGUGCUAGAGGUCAAGUUCAAAGGUAUGGAGGCAGACUAUGCCGAUCUGAGCCGUGUGAAAAAACCAAAGGAGCAGCUCUACCCCCACCUCAUCCUCAUGAUGCUCCCUCCCCACAGGCUAGAUGCCCAGUCCUCCUCCCGCAGGCGCAAGCGGGCACUUGACACGAAUUACUGCUUCAACAAUUAUGAGGAGAACUGCUGUGUGCGACCACUAUAUAUUAAUUUCCGCCAGGACUUGGGCUGGAGGUGGAUCCAUCAGCCUGAAGGUUAUUAUGCUAACUUCUGCUCCGGCCCCUGUCCUUACCUACGCAGUGCCGACAACACCCACAGCUCGCUGCUGAGCUUAUACAACACCUUGAACCCAGAGGCCUCUGCCUCACCCUGCUGUGUCCCUCAGGACUUGGAGCCCCUCACCAUCCUUUACUACGUGGGUCGCUCUCCAAAAGUUGAGCAGCUCUCCAACAUGGUGGUCAAGUCCUGCAAGUGCAGCUAAAUGGAUUUGGGGCACCAGCGAGAGACAUGGGAUGUGACGGCUCCCAGCACUACUCAGGAGCGGGUAUGAGGGAUUAAGGGGGGGAGGGAGAGGUACGGUUUGUCCUCCAUUCCCCCUCCUUCAGCCUUGCCCGAGCUGUCUCAUGAAAAUCAUAACCCUGCCGACAAGAUGCGGCCCACCACUCUGCUCACAAUCAUUGGCACCAUUUACCCAGAAGACUCGUCAAACACCACUUCACUAGCGGCGCCCUCGAACCCGUCAGACCUCUUGUUGACGUUCAGCAAUCGCCUUUCUCAUCAGUGUUUCUCGUGUUUUAUUUCAUAUGCCACCAUUUCGAACAGCCUGUACCUCAGUGUUCAUGAUAUUUCAUGGUAUCCAAAGCCUGUUUUCAAUGAAAGAGGAACAGAACAAAAAAUUGUCUCGUGAUGACCACUGCAUUCUUAAGGACAUUCAAAAAAGAGAAAAUGACUUAGCAUGCAGACUGAACUCAGCAUGAUAGGAUUUGAUCAAAGAGGGUAAAACAAAAUGGUUUGCUGAGAGCAAAUACAUCCCUCGGCCAAUCACGCACCGCCCUGACACACAGGACACGUUUGGAUGUCCGAGCUGGAAACUGAGGCUGUGCACGCCGCAGCUAUCUACACUGUUUAUUUAGGAUUAAAUGCCGUUGAAUAAAAAAUGAUCUUAGGAAAAAAAAAAGAAAACAUGCUGGAAACCAACCUUUAUUCAAAAGUAGUAUUUCCAUGGUUAUGUUUACCUCUGUAAUGCAACAGGAUGGUGAUUCCAGGGAUUGUUUCAUUUUACAGUGAAGCCUUUCUGUUGUAUGAGACAAUGUAUGUCACUACGUGAACACUUAACUAGAUCACAAACUGUAAAUGUUUUUUUUCUUAUUACUCUUGGAAACACUUUUUUUUUAAUUAAAAAUGGACAGUUGGA